CAAAAAAAAAAAAGUCUCAUCCCUUCCCCCCAACCAAAGAGUGUGAGAAUGAGAAGGAAGGUUUUUAUCUUCAGUCUCAAGAAUCUCGACCCCUUAAAACCCUGAACCCAAAACCUCAAAUUUCCAAACAAGAACACCGCCACAAAUUUUACAGUGAAAACCCAAAACCAUUUAUGAAUGGCCCUUCUUCUCAAGCCAAAUACUUCUCUUAAACGCAUGGCCUCUCGUUUUUAUGCCUUUUCUCCUUCUUCUACUCAUUCUUUUCAUUCCCGCGCCCGCUCUACUCUCGCCGUAUCCUCUUCUUUCUCUCUAUCUACGCCCUCUUUCAUACUUCUUACCAGCAGAGCUAGUGAUAGGUUGAAGAAGCUUUCUAGCAACUGUUUGCCAUGUCAUGCUGUGAUUCCAAGAGCAUUCAUGUCAUCAAGCUCCAGCACCGAGGCUGUUCGCGAGAGUAAAGCCUCAAAAGAAUAUGGGUCGGAACAGAUUCAGGUACUGGAAGGGUUGGACCCUGUAAGGAAGCGACCAGGCAUGUACAUUGGAAGCACCGGAUCUCGUGGUCUUCAUCAUCUGGUUUAUGAAAUCUUGGAUAAUGCUAUUGAUGAGGCACAAGCUGGAUUUGCUUCAAAGAUUGAUGUCAUUUUGCUUGCAGACAAUUCAGUGUGCAUCACUGACAAUGGACGAGGGAUCCCAACAGACAUGCAUCCAUCGACAAAAAAGUCUUCUUUGGAGACUGUCUUAACGGUUUUGCAUGCUGGCGGCAAGUUUGGUGGUACCAGUAGUGGUUAUAGUGUAUCUGGUGGACUACAUGGCGUUGGUUUAUCAGUUGUCAAUGCCUUGUCAGAGGUCCUUGAAGUCACAAUAUGGCGUAACGGUAAGGAGUAUAAGCAGAAAUAUUCCCGUGGGAAGCCUAUGGCAAAAUUGGUCUCUCGUGAGCUUCCAGCUGAUAUGAAGGACCAUCAAGGGACUCGUAUACAUUUUUGGCCAGACAAAGAAGUAUUUACAACAGAAAUUGAGUUUGACUACAACACAAUAUCUAGCAGAAUCAGGGAGCUUGCUUUUCUAAAUCCUGAGGUUACAAUUGCUCUUGAGAAGCACGAUGUGGACCCAGAGAAGACGGUGCAUAAUGAGUACAGCUAUGCUGGAGGAUUAAUUGAAUAUGUGAAGUGGCUUAAUACUGAUAAGAAACCUUUGCAUGAAGUUGUGGGAUUCAGAAAAGAAGUAGAGGGGAUAUCAAUUGAUAUUGCACUUCAAUGGUGUUCGGAUUCUUAUUCAGAUACAUUGUUAGGAUAUGCUAACAGCAUUAGAACAGUUGAUGGUGGCACCCACAUUGAUGGUGUCAAAGCUUCAUUAACAAGAACCCUCAACAAUCUUGCAAAGAAGUCUAAAGUCAUUAAGGAAAAGGAUAUUACUUUAAGUGGCGAACAUGUAAGAGAGGGGCUGACUUGUGUGAUUUCUGUGAAAGUUCCAAAUCCAGAAUUUGAAGGACAAACAAAGACGAGAUUAGGAAACCCGGAGGUGAGGAAGAUUGUUGAUCAAUCUAUUCUAGAAUAUCUUACCGAGUACUUGGAGUUGCAUCCUGAUGUCCUUGAUGCAAUUCUGUCGAAGUCCCUCAAUGCUCUCAAGGCAGCUUUAGCGGCAAAGAGGGCCAGAGAAUUGGUGAGACAAAAGAGUGUCUUAAAAUCAUCGUCCCUUCCGGGAAAGCUUGCUGAUUGUUCUGCAACCGAUCCAGCAGAAGCUGAGAUAUUCAUAGUCGAAGGAGAUUCAGCUGGUGGGAGUGCUAAACAAGGCCGUGACCGUCGAUUUCAGGCAGUGCUACCUCUGCGAGGUAAAAUCUUGAACAUUGAACGCAAAGAUGAAGCUGCCAUGUACAAAAAUGAGGAGAUUCAAAAUCUAAUACUUGGUUUGGGACUUGGAGUGAAGGGUGAAGAAUUCCGGAAGGAUGCGCUCCGUUAUCACAAAAUUAUAAUAUUAACGGAUGCUGACGUAGAUGGUGCUCACAUAAGGACAUUGCUGUUAACCUUCUUCUUUAGGUAUCAGAGAACUUUGUUUGAUGAAGGUUGCAUCUACGUCGGUGUUCCUCCACUAUACAAGGUUGAGAGGGGGAAGCAGGCGCACUACUGUUAUGAUGAAGCAGAACUCAGAAAACUUCAAAGUUCAUUUCCUGCAAACGCAUCAUACAACAUUCAGAGAUUUAAAGGACUGGGGGAGAUGAUGCCUUUACAGCUUUGGGAAACAACCUUGAAUCCCGAAACUCGACUUCUGAAGCAGUUAAGAGUAGAGGAUGUGGCAGAAGCCAACGUUGUUUUCUCGUCUCUCAUGGGAUCCCGAGUUGAUUUCAGGAAAGAACUCAUACAGAACUCGGGAAAUGUUGUCAAUCUUGAUCAUCUUGAUAUAUAAACGCCCCCAGUCGUGGAUUCUUGCUUGUGAGGGCAAGUUGGGGAUUUUGCAGCUCAGAUGAUUCAUCUUAGUCCAAUUUUUCGUAAAAAUCCAGAAAAAAUUCCCAACAGAUUUUCAGGGUUUUUAAGAGAACUACUGCUCCUGCCUUCUUAUGUCUAGCUUAAAUGUUAAUUAUUUUUAUUUGUCUGGUAUAUACAACAUAUUGAUUAUAAAUUUUGAAAUUCGAUCAACGGUAGUGUAUUAUUGCCAGUAACUGCAACCCAAGGGGUUGAACUGAAAUUUCUUGAAUCGGUGAUUUAUAAAAUUAAUUUGACUGUUUUAAUAAAACAAA